AUGCAAAGCACGACACUCGUCUCGUCGGAAUUGAGCUCGUCGGAAUCUAUCACAUCCUCGUCGGAACUAAGCUCAUCUGCAUCUCUUACUACUUGCAGUUGCGAGGACGGGGGCUGCACGGACUGCGAUUAUUCAUUGUUUAGAAACAAGAAAGAAAGAAAGAGAGACGAAAUUAGAUUUAUGAAAAGUAGAAAAAAAUUAUCGAAAAGAAGGAAUCCGUUCAAAAUGUCUUCGAAAAAUUUAAAAAAGCUCGAGAGCAAAAGGAAUUCGAAGAAGGAAGCGCUAAAAGUUCUCGAAAGAAACAAAGAGCUUUUGAAAGACAUCUACUUAUCUGAUUCUUCCGAUGAUUCCGACUGCAAUUGUUAUUAUACGCGCUGCAACUGCAAACGAUACAGCAGCAAGAACAAACAGAAAUAUUCGAAAAAUAAACGCGACAAGAGAAUGUCCUCGAAAUGUCUAGGAAAAUUUACGAAAACUGCGACAACUUGCGAAUCACUUAAGUGUGCAAAAAGGAAGAAAAGCGGAACGAAAUCUUCUGGAAAAGCCAAGACUAGCUUGUUCAAUUCUCACAGUUGUAAUUGCAAUUCGCGCGAUCGAAAUCGUGUAACGAAGUGCGCAGGAUCCUCAAGGAGUUCGAAAGUGUCAAAAAAGUUUACGAGAAAUGCGAAAAAUAAUAAGAAAGUUUCAAGGAAGCGCACGACAGGAUGUUCUGAAAGAUAUUCAUCGUCGUUCUCAAGCGAGGAUUCUGAAGAUGAGUCGUCCUCAAGCGAGGAUUCUGAAGAUGAAUCGUCCUCGUUCACAAGCGAUGAUUCUGAAUAUGAGUCUUUUAGUAGUAAUAAAGAUUCCCGUGAUCAUUGCUGCGGAAAAAUGCGUCAAUCACGUCGUAAAAUGAAAUGUUAACUA